ACGCGCCUAAGAUUGAUGACAUCAGGGUGAGCCGCCGCCGCCGCCAUGAACAGCGUCGGGGAGGCCUGCACCGACAUGAAGCGCGAGUACGACCAGUGUUUCAAUCGCUGGUUUGCUGAGAAGUUCCUCAAGGGAGACGGCUCCGGGGACCCAUGCACCGACCUCUUCAAGCGCUACCAGCAGUGUGUCCAGAAAGCAAUAAAGGAGAAGGAGAUUCCCAUCGAAGGACUGGAGUUCAUGGGCCAUAGCAAAGAAAAGCCUGAAAGCUCUUCUUGAUCUUGACAGUCAUCUUGAAAAAGGACUCCUCAAAUCAGGAAAUUGAGGAACUAUGGAUUUUGUCAAUUAAGACCGAAGAUAGCCAUCCAUUCGAUGAGGAGUUUAGGAGGGAGAAUUUUUGUUUCCUCCUUUGUUUUCCUCGCUUGUAAAAGGUGAGGAGUCAACAUUCUGCUUUGAGAUGAUUUCUCACUUGCUCUGGCAUCUUGCAGGACUCUAUGUGCUAAUACUGAAUGACUUAUUGAGAUUAUGGUUGCAUUAGUUGGUCUGGAAUCAGCUUUAAUUAUACCUUGUAUGUAAAUAAUGGUAAACUUGUCAGGGUUGCCUGACUUCUUGAGUUAUGCUGCAGACGACAUUAGGUUCAACUGCUCUUGGGUGAGUGUUCAUGGGAGCAAUGGUUAGGACAUCUCUUUUUUCUCAGGGAAAUUAAUGGUCUGAAAACGAACCCCCAGCACAACAGUUUCAAUCAAUGCUUGGGAGCAAUUUUGCUUUUUAUAUAACUUAAUGGUAAAGAUUGCUGGUGGACUGGGUUAGCCAAGAGGAGGUAACUUUUAAUAGUUACCUGCCUUCUCAGAUUCACAUUCGAAACUGAAGAAUUUUGCCAUGAACACCAUUUCAGAGCUCAGUGUACCCCAGGAAUUAAGAUCCUUGGAGUAUCUAUGGAAGAUCCUAAAUUGUAAGGAUUUGCUGUUGACAGCUCUCAACCCAAGUCAAUGGAUUACGUCAACCCAUAGAUCAUAAAAAUGUCAAAAUGCUGCAUCUGGUUAAAAUGAAGGGUUGGGGGAGGAAAAGUUAUGCUUUAUUUGCAUCGUUUACCCACCCUGCCAUGUCUGUAAUCAUGGAGAUGGAAUAAAUUGUAAUAUUUGGUGUCUAUUAUUAUUUGCCCUCGGAACUUAGUGUACUGUAUCUAAAAACUAUUACCAUGUACGGAUCCCAUAUAUAUUGAGGAAUUUUAGCAAACUCUAAAAUUGAUUUCCAGGGCCUCUCCUGGUGGCGCAGCGAUUGAGCGCUGGGCUGCAAGGCUGCCCGAAGCCUCUGCAGCGCUGGUUCAUUCCCCGGUCAGCGGCGAGGGAAAUGAAAAUAAAAAAAUAAUAAAAUUGAUUUCCAUUGUAAGCUACAAAAAUAUUUUCUUAAAAUGUGUAUAUAACAACACAUAACCACGCAAAUGCCAGGAUCAGGUGAGCACUUACAUACUUUAAAAUGUCUCCACAAUUGCUCAAGUAAUCAGGUUCAGCUUGCUACACGCCUUAAAGACAGUAUGAAACUUGAUUUAUAGAUGGUCUGAAUUUUCUUCUCCCCUCUCUACCAAUUACUAUUUCAUAUUUAAUAUGACCAGCCCUUAAUGUCAUUUCAGUGUAUAAAUAUAUUUAUAUUUUGACUGGUUCAAGUCCAUUAUACAAAGAUUGUUAAGGUUAUUUGGGACGCAGCUGGGAAGCGCAGUGGCAAGCUGAAGUGUAUCUGUCUUGGACUCAUCACUUCAGCUCUGUAAGGACUCAAAAGCUCCGGCUGUGGUUAAAUCCUGAAAUGGCCAAGAUUCUUUUUCCCUACUGUAAAUGGCUUUCACAUCCUGUGUUUUCAUAUGCCUCACUCUUGCAUUGCCAGCUUACAGUACAUACAACAUUAUUACCUAAACUUGUAGCCUCUUGAAAGUUGUCACAAAACUGGUUGAGCCUUGAUACAACCAGCUUUUUUUUUCUUUUUUAAAUAUUUUAUUUUAUAUAAUUCUUAUAUCAUUUUUCAUUUUUGCACAAUGUAUGCAUUUUCAUUUUGGUUAUAUUCCCCAUACAAUUCCCAUCCCCAAGCACACAACCAGCUUUAAACCCACUGUUUUUAUGCAAUUGUUACUAAAGAUGAUUAAAAUGAUUUUUUGAUUGUUCCUCAUACUAUUAUUUCAUUCUCAUAAAGUGACUACAACUAUCCUAGUUAUUUCAAAGGCUUUAAAUUUUUAUGAGGAAUUCUUUUGUUACUGUUACUUUUCCCUAAUUUAUGGAGACCGGAAAGUUCUGGCUCUAAAAACAACUAUAUGCAGAAUGUGUCCAUGCCUUUACUUCUCCAAAGGUUUCUGAUCCUUUCAGACUUAGGGUGCUGAGAGAGAUGACCCCAAGGUGAGAACACUUUUGGAGAAAAUUAUCUGUCUAUAGCUCAUAAUCUGCAGCAAAUGCUGGUGGAAUGGAAAAAGCUGAUUGCAGGAAGUGAGUGUUACUUCUUGAUAAUCACUGGUACCGCUAGAUAUAAACUGUAAUCACGCAAUGUCUCUUGUCAUCCAGAGUGUGUCAGGAACCAAUCUUGAUAGCGCCACUCAUGGUCCCUUUGCUUUACCCACUCCAGGCGCAAGAAACCAGGAAUAGGCAUAUUAUAAAUACUAUUAUUU